UCAAAAAAAGAAAGAAUUUGAGGAUAUUUAGAAAGAGGCAUAUAAAAGGAAUUACACUGUUAUUUAAUUAUAUUUAAUUUUAGAAUAAAAAGUUUAUUGAAUUAAAUGAUAUUCUAUAUCAUUUAAUAGUAGUAAUCAGUAAGCGAAAUAUUAUGCUUGCUGUAUGCUUGCAAAUUGUCAGCAGAUUUUUAAUCAGAAUAUUGAAGUAGAUCAGAUAUCAUUUAUGUUGCUCAUAUUAAGCUUGUAUUCUGCCGACAGAAUCCAGCUACAUAAUUGGGAGAUAAAGCGAAUAGAAUCUAUAUUUUGUUAAUAUUUGUUUUCGACAGAUCUCGCACUAUUCGUUAGGAUAUAGUUUAUAUUUAAAAAAAUUAUAAAUAUAAAAAUUUUAUAAAAAAAUUUUUUUACGUGCCAUAAAAGCUAAAUCCCACAGAUUCUUACAAGUUUCAAUUUUUGCAAAAUUAUUAAUUUAUAUCUUAAUUUUUUUACACACUAAGAACGCAAUGUAUGUGAAGUUGGUUGUUAAAAUCUUAGUCAAAGCAUUAUCAUAUGAUUCUUAUAUCGUCAAAUCCUAUCGCUUCUCAAAGAGCUGCAAUUUUUUCAUCAUUGCGUGCAAUUGAACCAAGAAAUGGAAUUUGUCAAAUUAAAAUGAAUGGAAUCUGUGGAACAUCCGAACUUUGAUGGACAAAAUUGCAAAGAUCUGCAAUUGAGAGGAAUUCAAAUUGUUUUUAAUGAUACAAAAGACAUAAACGAUGUGGAUCCUUUGUGCGUUGAUUGGACUUUUUCAACUUAUAAUCCUAUUAAUGUUAUCCGGUGUCUUGUUCUCUGUUGCUGCCGUUUCACGUUUGAUGGAAGUAACAGUUAUUCUAAUAUAUCCCACCGUUAUAUUUUUACUGCGGCAAUCGGCAAAUUUAAUCAUUCUUCUGACAAUCCUCACGGCAAGAAUGACAUCUUCGGCAUUUCGCAAACUGUAUACACUUGUUAAAUGCGAUCAACAGGAAGUGAUUUCUCAGCAAGAGCCGUUACUGGAGAUCUCUCCGGUUCAGCUUAACAUGCAAACUUCAUUCCUGCCGUACAAAAGAACCGUCCUUGAAGAAAUACCAAAAUACAUUCAGCACUCGGAAGACGAACAUGCUACUGCAUCAUCGACAAAUGAGAGAAUCAUCGAACCAUUGCAAGAAGAAUCACAGGAUGAUGAUUUGAUGAAAAAAUCAAGUUCAUGCAAAAACAUAAAUGACUGUGAAUGACUAAUAAAAACAGCUUACUGAUAAUCAGAAAAGAAGAUAUUUAUAUAAUUUUUUAUAUAUACAAGCAAUUUAUAUGAAUAUAAAAUAUAUUUUAUACUGAAGAAUAAAUCGUAUAACAAUCUCGAAAGAUGAAAUCUUUCUAUAGUUUUUACAAAGGGGAAUUAUUUCAAUAGGUACACCGUAUAUAAAUAAUAAUAAGCAGACGCGGCGAAGUAGUCAGUUUAUUAUCAAUCAGCGCGAUUAAUUGUGAAAUUGCACCACAUUAUUUGAUAAAAUUUAUUCUUAUUUGUAGUCAUGUUUUAGGAGAAUUAUUUUAUAUCAGAAUAUAACAUUUUAUGCGUUAGAACAUUUUUUACUCAAAUUGAAAUUAUUCUUUUUCUGGAAAUUUAUUGAAGAAGGAAUGGAUGUAAGUUUUUCUCAGUUAAAUUUGUUGUAACAAUUAUGCUCUAUGUAUUAACUGUUUUUAAUGAUGUAGCUAAGGACUGCGCUGAUUGAUUUGAAUGACAAGAUUUCCCGUUUGCUGCACAUUCUCCCUCCAGAAUAUACUGCGUAUUUGACGACAACUGCGGCAGUAUUGAUUGGAUGGCUAUUUGUGUCUUGGAUAUUUCAUGUACAUAUUUAAAAUAUUUUCGAUUAAUAUGUAAUUAAUUAUAACUAUUUUUUG